AUGGCCGAGAGCGAGGCAGACACGCCGAGCACGCCGAUUGAGUUUGAGAGCAAAUAUUUCGAGUUUGAUGGAGUGCGGCUGCCGCCCUUCUGCAGAGGGAAGAUGGAGGAGAUCGCCAACUUCUCCCUCCGAAGUAGCGACAUAUGGAUUGUCACCUACCCAAAGUCAGGCACCAGCCUUCUUCAGGAGGUUGUGUAUCUAGUGAGUCAGGGAGCAGACCCAGAUGAGAUUGGCCUUAUGAACAUCGAUGAACAGCUGCCUGUCUUAGAGUACCCCCAACCUGGCCUGGACAUCAUACAGGAGCUGACAUCCCCUCGUCUCAUCAAAAGCCAUCUUCCCUAUCGAUUCCUCCCCACAGCCAUGCACAAUGGAGAGGCCAAGGUGAUCUACAUGGCGCGUAAUCCAAAGGACCUGGUGGUGUCUUACUACCAAUUCCACCGCUCUCUCAGGACCAUGAGCUACCGAGGAACCUUCCAGGAGUUCUGCCGGCGCUUCAUGAAUGACAAGCUGGGAUAUGGGUCCUGGUUUGAACAUGUUCAGGAAUUUUGGGAACAUCGUAUGGACUCUAAUGUCCUCUUCUUGAAAUAUGAAGACAUGUACAAGGUGGACAGUGGAGCUGCUGUACUGAUGAAUGUGUCUGUGAACAAAUAG